CGACCAACACAAACAGAAGAAGGCGAAUUAAUCUCUGGUUACUCCAAUAAGCCCUGAGCUUAAACCCUCUACUUUCUGCAACAAGUAACAACACCUCCGGCUCCAUUCUCUCUCCUCCAAUAACUCAAAAACACAAAAGAUUUGAGAUGGGGAAGAACAAGAAAUUAAAAGAAGGUCAACAAAGCGAACACUGCCCUGCUACAGUAUUCGUCUCCAAUUUUCCCUUCUCUUUCACCACUUCCCAGCUCGAGGAAACCUUCAGCGAUGUGGGUCCCAUACGUCGCUGUUUCAUGGUCACUAACAAAGGUUCAACUGAACAUCGAGGCUUUGGAUAUGUUCAAUUUGCUACUGCCGAGGAUGCGGCUCGUGCUAUUGAAAUGAAGAAUGGUUCAUCUAGAGAUGGAAGGAGAAUUGUGGUGAAACUUGCUUCACAUCGUGCUACCUUGGAGCAACGCCGAUCUAAAACUAACCUAGCAGCUGAAUCAAAAGACACUGAUAAGACAACAAAUGAGAAGGAUAAUGCUACACAUGGUGCUGAAAAGCUUGAGAAGCUCGAAAAGAAGAUUAAAAAGGUCGAACAGCUAGGAAAGGUCGAGAAGCUUGAAAAGCCUCCAAGUAAACAAGAAAUAGGUAAAUCGCUUCAGCCAGCAAGGAAAGCAAAGAAACUCUCUGUUGGUCCAGCUGAUGUAGGCAAGUCUUCAGAGACACAAAGGGUGGCAAGAACCGUCAUAUUCGGAGGCCUUGUAAAUGGAGAUAUGGCAGAUGAGGUCCUGCGUCGCGCCAGGGAGCUUGAUGGAGUGUGUUCUGUCACAUACCCACUUCCAAAAGAAGAGCUACAACACCAUGGGCUUGCUCAAGAUGGAUGUAAAAUGGAAGCUGCAUCAGUACUUUAUGCAAGUAUUAGAAAUGCACGUGCUUCUGUUGCAGCCUUACACCAAAAGGAAGUUAAUGGAGGCCUAGUGUGGGCACGCCAGCUCGGUGGAGAGGGGUCCAAGGCUCAGAAGUGGAAAGUCAUUGUCCGUAACCUUCCUUUUAAGCAGGCAAAAGUCAAGGAUAUUAAAGAAAAAUUCUUAGCUGCAGGAUUUGUUUGGGAUGCAUUUAUCCCGCAGAAUUCUGAGACUAGGUUGUCCAAGGGGUUUGGAUUUGUAAAAUUCACUUGCAAGCAAGAUGCUGAAAAUGCUAUCCUGAAGUUCAAUGGACAGAAAUUUGGUAGUCGAACCAUUGCUGUUGACUGGGCUGUACCAAAGAAACUUUAUACAGCUGGUGCCGGUUCUGCAGUUUCUUCAGAAGAUGGAGAAUCUGCUGAUGAAGAUGUUGACAGUGAUGAUGGUGCAUCGGAAAAUGAUGAUUUGGAAUAUGCACCAAGGGCUGAAGCCUCAGAUGUAGCUCACUCUGAUUCAGAUAUCACUCACGUGGAGGAAAAGGAAUCUGCAGUUAACUUUGAAGAAGAAGCAGAAUUAGCACGGAAGGUCCUUCAAAAUGUUAUUACAUCUGCUGUGAAAGAAGGUCCUCCUUCAAACAAUGGGUCCAUUGAUGUAGAUCCUGCUAAAGCGAGCUUCGGCAAGACUGUUGAACCUGAACUAACAGUCCAGUCAAAAGAUGGAAAAGCAAGAAACGGCAAACAGACUGAAUCUAAAUCUGUAAAUAUUGAUGAUGAUCUUCCAAGAACAAUCUUUAUAAACAAUCUUCCUUUUGAUCUUGAUCCUGAAGAACUAAAACAACGAUUCUCCAGUUUUGGGAAAAUCCAAUCAUUCUUUCCUGUUGUUCACCCGGUGACUAAGCGACCAAGAGGAACUGGAUUCCUUAAGUUUACAACGACUGAUGCUGCUGAUGCAGCAGUUGCUGCUGCAAAUCCUGCACCUGGUCUGGGAAUCUUUCUAAAAGGAAGACAAUUGAAGGUAUUAAAGGCGUUGGACAAGAAAUCAGCUGAUGACAAAGCACUGGAGAACUCCAAAAAGGAGACUGAAGACCAGCGCAACCUGUACCUGGCAAAGGAGGGUCUGAUUGUUGAGGGAACUGCGGCUGCGCAAGGGGUUUCAUCUGAUGAUUUAGAAAGACGCCAAAUGUUGCAUCAGAAAAAAAUGACUAAACUUCAAUCUCCAAAUUUCCAUGUCUCCAAAACAAGAAUUGUCAUAUACAAUUUACCGAAGUCAAUGACUGCAAAACAACUGAGAAAGCUCUGUACUGAUGCAGUUACUUCGAAAGCUUCCAAGCAGACGCCUGUAAUACAACAGAUAAAGUUUCUUAGUGAUGUUAAGAAAGGGGUGGUGAAAAACCAUUCUCGUGGAGUUGCUUUCGUGGAGUUUGCGGAGCAUCAACAUGCUAUCGUGGCAUUGAGAGUGCUCAACAACAAUCCUGAACUAUUUGGCCCUCUGCAUCGUCCUAUCGUGGAGUUUGCUGUUGAUAAUGUUCAGACAUUACGGAAGAGGAGUUUGAAAAUCAAUGAUCAACUGCAGAAAGUUGGUGAUGAUCAUACCGGUGUGCGUCAAAAUGAUCGCAUUCUAAAUUCAUCCGUGAAUUCAAAUAAAGAAAAUCCCAAGAAAAGAAAAUCACGUGAUGAUAAGAAAUCAAGAGAAGAUCAAGAAACUAGCAGAAAAACCGUGGAAGGAAUUAGGGCGCCUGAUAGGGAUGCCACUGAAGAGAACAGAAUAAACAAGAAGAAACAGCGAAUCCAAGCAAGAGAAGAUAAAAACCACCAAGAAAGAAAGCAAUAUCGUAAUGGAUCAGUUCAGCGCAAAACUGGAACUGCGGAUGUUCUCAAUCCGAUUUCAUCCGAGCAGAAUGAUGAGCUUUCAAAAAGAAGGAAGAUAAAGGGUCCCAAAGAAGAGGGUCCUGAGGGGAAGACUCCGAAGAAGAGAAAGAGGACCAAUAAGAAAGAUGCUUUAGGGCACGAUGCAGUAGAUAAGCUAGACGUGCUGAUUGAACAAUACAGAUCCAAGUUUUCACAGAAGAGUUCUGACAAAUCAGAUGGUGAAAUGCAAGGUUCCAGACAGCAGAUGAGAAGAUGGUUUCAGACAUAGAAUUUUUUCAUAUUUAAGCUGCUUACUUGACUUCUGAAAGUAGUCAUGUGUUUGAAUGUUGUAUAUUACCGAAAUUUUGACAGCUUUAAGUAAACACUAUUGGGAGAACUGAUGCAGCACACUAAUACAUAUUUCAGAAAGAAAAUUUGUUUUUUCUGCAA